AGGUAGGACCAGAUGGAGACCUAUGAUUCCACACUAUUCCUCAUUUCAUUUUCCAACCGACAACUCUCUCUCUUCAUCUUCUUCUCCUCGACUUAACUGUUGCCUUGCUCCCUUAAAGUGAAGUAUAAAGAACCUUCAAGUUUCUCUUCACUUUGUUGCAUUGCACCCCAAAAGACAACUUCACUAACAACAACCUUACUCAUCAACCUCUUCCCACGCCUCUUAUCUUUGUCUUUCUCCUCGUGGUCCUUUCCAUUCCUCUCUCCCAAUCCCAAUAUUUUUACUACUCUAUAUAAGUCUUUGUUCAUCUUUUGAUUUGUUUGAAGCCAAAGCAUGGAUUGGAAUAGCAACUUAAGAACCUUUCUUCCUCGACCCGAAACUUCUUUUGACUUCCUCUACAACUAUAACUACGACCAAUACUCAGGUAUGGAUAUGAAGCAUGCAGUAAUGGCAGAGAAAUCACUGGGGUUGAUUCCAGGAAUGGACAAGAGCAACUAUGGAAGUCAGGAGAAGAAGAAGCGAUUGACAACCGAUCAGCUAGAUUCACUGGAGAGGAGUUUCCAAGAGGAGAUUAAGCUUGACCCUGAUCGAAAAAUGAAGCUCUCCAGGGAGCUUGGACUUCAGCCUAGACAAAUCGCCGUCUGGUUCCAAAAUAGGCGUGCAAGGUGGAAGGCCAAGCAGCUUGAGAUGCUUUAUGAUGCUCUUAAACAAGAGUUUGAUGCUGUCUCCAAAGAGAAGCAGAAGCUCCAAGAAGAGGUGAUGAAGUUAAAAUGUAUGCUAAGAGAGCAAGCCACAAGGAAGCAAGUAUCCACUGCUGGGUACACUGAAGUGUCGGGAGAAGAAACAGUUGAAAGCACAUCUCUGGCAAUGCGAAGCUCAAACAAGCCAAGAGGAUUAAAUCAACAUCAAAAUAUUAACAAUACGGAACAAUGCAACUACGUUUUCAAUGUUGUUGAGGAGUAUAAUAACCCUGCGGCAUCAUCUCCUUUCUGGGGUGUUUUGUCUUCUUAUCCAUAAGCCUUGGCUAGCUGCUAGCUGUUGUUAUGCUUGUUAACUUUGGUUUACGUAUCUUAAUCAUUUAGAGCUAAUUUAGAUUAGAAAUUAAGUACGUACUCUUUAAUAAACUUAAUUAGCAAAUUUUAUGAAUAUUGUUAGUUUUAUUUAAUAUUAUUAUGUUAUAAUUAA